CUGGGCACCGGCAGCCUGUACAUCGCGGAGAGUCGUCUGACAUGGAUAGCAGAUUCAGGUCUUGGCUUCUCAUUGGACUAUCCCAUCAUAAGCUUACAUGCCAUUUCCAGGGACUUGAAUACCUACCCGCGGGAACAUUUGUACGUCAUGGUGAAUGCAAAGUUUGAAGUAGAAGAAUCCAGAGACAGUCCCAUUCCGGAGGAGGAAGAGGAGGACAGUGGCGAUGAGCUUGAACCCAUCUCGGAAUUCCGAUUUGUACCCAGCGACAAAUCAGCGUUGGAAGCCAUGUUCACUGCCAUGUGUGAAUGCCAGGCCCUGCACCCAGACCCGGAAGAUUCCGACUCCGAUGGCAAUUACGAUGGUGAGGAAUAUGACGUCGAGGCUCACGAUGGAAUGGAAGUCGACGCGGCCCCAGUAGUUACGGGACAGUUUGAAGAUGCCGAUGUUGAUCAUUAA